GAUGAAAUUACGUCGUUGACAGGUAUUGCCGUUUCUAUAAAAAAAUUCUUCCCAUUUCAAAACGACCGACUUGUUAUCACAUUAUUAAUAAUUAAAAUCAUAUCCGUUAAUGUAAAAUAUUGCAAUACUAAAAGUUAAAAAAUAGUGUUUGUAGCUCUAAAUAUUUAAGAGGAAACAAGAAUAGUUGUUUCAUUGUUGCAAGAGGUGGCAGCACUGUAUGAAAGUAUUGAUUUUCUCCCCUAGCAUGUGCUGCCGAGAAAAUCAAUAUACUGUUUAAUGUUACGGGAAAACCCAAUUGUGUGACAUUGUCCUUCGAGUUGCUUUCAAAUGAUAACAAUAUUUAAUAUCUAGUCCUGUGUCUUACAAAAACAGAAGUGUUAUUGUAUCGAAGUUUUACUUUGUAACAACGUAACUAAAAAUGUACGUGGACGAGUAAUCAAAAUUUCCGUACGUCCGUUUGUUGUUUCGCUUCAAAGUUUCUUUGCUGAUUUAUUAUGCGUUCUUUAACCGCGGUUCGUGGGGUGGCUCCCUUGCCAGAAUUGGGUAUUACAUCUGGUUUACAAGUUGACGAAAAUCCCGAUGGUGAAAUGGCCGGCGCACAGGAUACGAUUUACUUGUGUAAUUUUCGCGUAUCAGUCGAUGGAGAGUGGCUGUGUUUAAAGGAACUACACGAUUUAGAAAUGCAGGAUUCAUACACUCGACCAUCUGACAACGGAGCUAUUACGUCUCCCGACGAUCCUAUGCAUUCUCUGAUGGCUCGCGAUCCUGUCGUAAUAGAGCGCAGCAAUCUGGUGAAUAUUUCGAAGCUGAUUGUAAAGGAACUCAUUGAACAAUCGCUUCGUUAUGGCCGGAUGCUCGACAGCGACCAUUUGCCGUUACAUCACUUCUUUAUUGUUCUCGAGCAUGUCAUGCGGCAUGGACUUAAACCUAAAAAGGGUCUACUCGGUCCAAAGAAGGAAUUGUGGGAUAUACUGCAAAUGGUCGAAAAGUACUCGCCCGAGGCAGCUGAUAUUACAGCCAGCAUUAGGGAUUUACCGACUGUCAAAACUGCCAUGGGACGAGCGAGGGCUUGGUUGCGUCUCGCCCUCAUGCAAAAAAGACUUGCUGAUUAUUUGAGAAUUUUACUUGAACAUCGUGAGGAAACUCUUGAAGAAUACUUCGAACCUCACGCCCUGAUGUUGAACGAAGAAGCCGUUAUUAUAACAGGGUUACUUGUCGGACUUAACGUUGUUGAUUGCAAUCUUUGCGUCAAAGAGGAAGAUUUGGACAGUCAGCAGGGUGUUAUAGAUUUCUCGUUGUACCUCCGUGGCAGCAAUUCAUCAAAUGAUUUAGCUGGAAACGGAAAUGGUAAUAACGAGCCCAAACAACGCCACAUUAACACGAUGUUGGAUCAAAAGAACUAUAUCGAAGAACUGAAUAGACAUCUCAAUGCAACAGUUACAAAUCUACAAUCUAAAGUGGAGAGCUUGACUACAACAAACGCGUUAAUGAAGGAAGAUUUGGCUAUAGCGAAGAACACUAUGAUCAGCUUGGUUGAAGAGAACAAUCAACUUAAACAUGCACUAGGUCAGGACAUCACUAAAGAUAGCCGGAUGAAAGUGAUGGAAAUACAGGCCGAAGAAGAGGAAAAGAGGAGCGUCAAGAGCAAUACGUCUGAGAAAUCCAAAAAUGAAAAAGAUACCGAAUUUUGUAAGAGUUUGGAAGAAGAGAGAAAAAAAAACGCGGAGCUGCAAAAAGAAUUGGAUUUGCAGAUUUCUUUAAAGGCUGAAAUGGAAGUCGCUAUGAAACUUCUAGAGAAAGAUAUCCAUGAUAAACAAGACACGAUUAUAUCACUGAGACGACAAUUGGAUGAUAUUAAACUGAUAAACCUGGAAAUGUACAAAAAGUUACAGGAAUGUGAAAGUUCCUUGAAACAUAAAACUGAACUAAUAGCCAAAUUGGAAGCAAAGACUGAGUCAAUGGGCAGCACGAUACAUCAACUUGAUGAAAAUGAUAGGUUACAGGAAGACAAAGCAGCUAGAAAGAAUUUAGAAGAAACCGCUCGAUCUUUGGGACAAAAAGCUACAACUGCGGAGAUAAGGGCCGUAGCCGCUGAAGGCGAUCUGAGGAUAGAAAGAGAGUGGAGAGUCUCACUACAGGAAUCGAUGGUUCGGGAUCGUGAUAAAAUAUCUGUACUCACACAGGAAGUGGAAUCUCUGAAGUCUAUAGGCCAGAAAUACAUGUCACUACAAGAGGAACAGCAUCAAUUAAAGAUUCAAUAUAGUGAAGCACAGAAAACUCUUGAAGAAGUUGGCGCUACUUUAAGUGAAAACAAGCUCCAAUUAGCUGAACUCUUGGAGAAAGAAGCAAAAUCCAAUGAAGAUACUCCAAAUUGGACAAGCGAUAAAGACGCGGUAGCAUGUACAGCUUGUUCGAAAGAAUUUACAAUUGCUAGAAGAAAACAUCAUUGUAGACGGUGUGGCCAUAUAUUUUGCGGGGCGUGCAGUGAAAAAACCGUAGCACUUGCUGGCAACACCAAACCUGUACGAGUUUGUGACAAUUGCUUCGCUGAAGUUAGAGUAACGUAGUAAUAUCGAAUAUAUCCGACUGACUAAUUGACUGUCAUUAGAACUUAUAACAAAAGUUGCAUAGCUUGAAUUGUAAUAAAAAGAAUUAACCUAAAAAAUAAACAGAUAUUAUUGAAAGUUUUUUGACAUGUGAAUUUAAAUUAUGUAUGUUGAUAAGUUAUUCUUUAUUAAAAGUACGAUAAUUGUUGAUGUUAGUUUUUUCAUAAACUUCUAUGAACAAAAUUGUGGUGAUAAUGAGAGAGAAAUUUUUAAAAACAUCGAACUGCGCCUUAACGUUUACAGGAUCGCAUUUGAUUGUUUUAACCAACAACAUUUAUAUCGGAAAUUUCAUUUUGUAGAAUAUGUCAAUAUAAAAUGUUUUAAAAUCUAUUACUGCUUAAAAGCUAGAGGUGCUUCAGAAGUCAUGAUUGUGAAUAAUUUUUACAUUUUUAUCAUGUAAAUAACAAUUUGUAAAUCUAAUUAUGAAAAAAUUAUACCUUUUAAUUUA